AUGAGUAGCAAGGAAUGGAAACGUGUAGUGAAGUUAGAAUACAUGAAAAUCCGACAGCAAAAGCGCUACAAACGUGCCGAUGAAAUCAAAGAGGCCUGGAUAAAGAAUUGGGAUGAGCAUAAUCACAAUGUACAGGAUUUAUAUUGCGAGUCGAAAGUAUGGCAGGCCAAACCAUAUGAUCCUCCCCACGUAGAUUGCGUGAAACGGGCCGAAGUCACGAGCUACAAUGGCGCUACAAGUGGCCCUCAACGUGUUCCCAUCUGCGUGAUUAAUGCAGUCACUCCGAUUCCCACGAUGUAUACUUGGGCGCCUACGCAGCAGAAUUUUAUGGUGGAGGACGAAACAGUGUUACACAAUAUUCCUUACAUGGGCGACGAAGUGCUCGACAAGGAUGGCAAGUUCAUUGAGGAAUUGAUCAAGAAUUAUGAUGGCAAAGUGCAUGGUGACAAGGAUCCGUCGUUUAUGGAUGAUGCCAUAUUUGUGGAGCUGGUGCAUGCUCUGAUGCGUUCGCAUAGCAAAGAGCUCGAGGAAACUGUAGUCACUGCAACUGCAGUUAAAUCAGAGUCUCCUACAAUCAGCAAAGCUAAAGAGGAUGAUGAGAAGAAGGAAACGUCUGCGAUUGAAGAAUCCUCGGCUGAAACUGCAUCUACUAAUCUUGUGGACACCAAGAAAGAUAUGUUGGUCACUGAGACGACUGUCAACGACGGCGACACCAAACCCAAAGUAGAGGAUGUCAAGGAGAAAUUGCCAUUUCCGGCACCCAUCAUAUUUCAAGCAAUUAGCGCCAACUUUCCGGAUAAGGGUACUGCUCAAGAGUUAAAAGAGAAGUAUAUUGAACUCACGGAACAUCAGGACCCAGAAAGGCCACAAGAAUGCACGCCCAACAUUGAUGGCAUUAAGGCGGAGAGUGUCUCCCGUGAACGUACAAUGCAUUCCUUCCAUACGCUGUUCUGUCGACGCUGCUUUAAAUACGAUUGUUUUCUGCAUCGUCACCAUGUACAGGGUCUACAAGGACAUGCGGGACCCAAUCUACAGAAGCGUCGUUAUCCGGAGCUUAAGACCUUCGCCGAGCCCUGCAGCAAUUCAUGCUACAUGCUGAUUGACGGCAUGAAGGAGAAGUUAGCAGCAGACAGCAAAACGCCGCCUAUUGAUUCGUGUAACGAGGCAAGCUCGGAGGACAGCAACGAUAGCAACAGUCAGUUUAGCAACAAGGAUUUUAACCAUGAAAAUGGCAAGGACAACGGAAUUGCUGUCAAUAGUGCGGAGAUCAACUCCAUUAUGGCCGGCAUGAUGAACAUCACAAGUACGCAGUGCGUCUGGACUGGCGCCGAUCAGGCGCUCUUUCGUGUCCUGCACAAGGUGUAUCUGAAGAACUACUGCGCUGUCGCCCACAAUAUGCUCACAAAGACUUGUCGCCAGGUCUAUGAGUUCGCCCAGAAGGAGGCAGCCGAGUUUAGUUUCGAAGACUUGCGCCAGGACUUUACGCCGCCCCGCAAGAAGAAGAAGAAGCAGCGUCUUUGGUCGCUGCACUGUCGCAAGAUCCAACUGAAAAAGGACUCGUCCUCCAAUCACGUCUACAAUUACACGCCCUGCGAUCAUGCCGGUCCCUGCGACAUGAACUGCUCGUGUAUCCAGACGCAGAACUUUUGCGAGAAGUUCUGCAAUUGCAGCAGUGAUUGUCAAAAUCGUUUCCCUGGUUGCCGCUGCAAGGCGCAGUGCAACACCAAACAAUGUCCUUGCUACUUGGCUGUGCGAGAGUGUGAUCCGGAUUUGUGUCAGGCGUGCGGCGCCGAUCAAUUCAAGCUCACCAAAAUAACAUGCAAGAAUGUGUGCGUGCAGCGUGGAUUACACAAGCAUCUGCUGAUGGCACCCUCGGACAUUGCAGGCUGGGGCAUAUUCCUCAAGGAGGGCGCACAAAAGAAUGAAUUCAUAUCAGAGUAUUGCGGCGAGAUCAUAUCACAGGAUGAGGCCGAUCGUCGUGGCAAGGUGUACGACAAAUACAUGUGCUCAUUUCUGUUCAAUUUGAACAACGAUUUCGUUGUGGAUGCCACGCGAAAAGGCAACAAAAUUCGCUUUGCCAAUCAUUCCAUUAAUCCCAACUGCUAUGCCAAGGUUAUGAUGGUAACCGGGGAUCAUCGCAUUGGCAUAUUUGCCAAGCGUGCUAUUCAGCCAGGCGAGGAGCUCUUCUUCGAUUACAGAUACGGACCCACCGAACAGUUGAAAUUCGUGGGCAUAGAGCGUGAGAUGGAAAUCGUUUAA